AUGGCAGAUCAAACGAUCCGUACACAGACCAUUGUUUGGCCUGCUUCCACGUUCAUCACAACUUGGACCCUAGGAAGUGGCUCCGAGCCGACUGAAACACCCGCUGUAGUCAUUCCGGCAGCGACCUCAACCUCGACAGGCGAUCAAAACGUUGGUCCCAUCUUAAGUGCUCUCGUUGUUUUCGUAGUGAUAGUAUUGGUCAUGUGGUUCUAUUGCCGGCGACGUCACUCGCGUGGUCAUCGUUCGAGGCGUUCAAGUCCACGACGGGGCUCAAAGCACUCAGGCAAAGGCUCUCCGAGCAGCUCGGCUACGUCGGAUAGCACAUCUCAGAACGAUGCCAGCGUUGAAUCAGUGGCAAGUGAGAUAGGUGAAGAGCACUGGGACCAUGCUGAACCGAUGCCUGACGGGGCAAUACCGCCAAUGCCGGGGAUGCCACCGCCAGCUGCAGGAAAUUGGCCGGUACCACAGCAAGAUCCGGGUAUGGGGCCGGCGCCGCCGCACCCCCCUGCGAUGGGAUUUCCUCCUCCUGGCCAGGGCGGACACCCGCCGAUGAUGGGGCGUGGAGGCCCAGUAAUGCUUCGGGGAGGAUUACCACCGACGAUAGGCCGGGGAGGUCCUCCCCCUGGAGUGAUGUAAAUGAUGACUUGAUUGGUCUUGUGAUCAGAGAGAGCUCUCGAUCUGAGCCGACAGAUGAAUCCUAAUUAUAAGCCUUGUUAUGAUGCUCUCACGAAAGGACCAUAGAGUGAAAGAUCAAGCUCCUUAAACAAGCCCUUAGAGACACCUUAUUACCUUCGAGCUCACCAUGCAUCAGGAUUCAGGGGCUUCUUUGAGAGAGGAAUGCUUUAGGUUAGGUCAAAAGCGUAGGGUAUUCAUGCUGCAAUAAGGCUACAAU